GAUGAAGCUCGUUUUUCUUGACUUUUCCAUCCGUUUCUGUUCGUCGUCACUCGUACCAUCCUUUUUUAACCGGGACAACAUGGCUACUGCAGCGAGCCGUUACUACAGCGAGGACGGCCGGGCAACCAAACGACAAAAAACCGACGGAAUGGCCACGGGAUAUGAAGAUCCACACAAGACUCUCCCAUCUGUGGUGGUCCACGUCCGUGGACUAGUGGAUGGUGUUACUGAGGCUGACCUAGUGGAGGCUUUACAAGAGUUUGGGGCAAUCAGCUACGUGGUGGUGAUGCCCAAGAAGCGCCAGGCUCUGGUGGAGUACGAAGACAUGAAUGGCUCCUCUACAGCUGUGACCUAUGCUGCAGAUAACCAGGUUUAUAUUGCAGGCCACCCAGCCUUUAUCAACUAUUCCACUAGCCAGAAGAUCUCCAGGCCUGGGGACUCUGAUGACUCUCGAAGUGUUAACCACGUUCUUCUGUUCACCAUCAUGAACCCCAUCUACCCCAUCACCACGGAUGUUCUCUAUACAAUUUGCAAUAACUGCGGUCCUGUCCAGAGAAUUGUCAUCUUCAGGAAGAAUGGCGUCCAGGCCAUGGUUGAGUUUGAUUCUGUGCCAAGUGCCCAGCGCGCCAAAGCAUCACUCAAUGGUGCUGAUAUCUACUCUGGCUGCUGCACGCUGAAGAUAGAGUACGCCAAGCCCACUCGCCUGAAUGUGUUCAAGAAUGACCAGGACACCUGGGACUACACAAACCCCAACCUUGGAGGACCAGAUGGUGAUGCAGAUGGUAACGGAAGCAGUGCAGAAGAUGUGAAUGCAAACCCCAACAAGCGCCAGAGGCAGCCUGCUCUGCUGGGAGACCACCCGCCCGAGUACGGAGGUGGAUACCAUGGCUAUGAUGAAAGCUACGGAUCCCCACCGUACGAGGGUCGCCGCAUGGGCCCACCAAUGAGAGGACGUGGGGGAAGAAACUACGGGCCGGGCUAUGGACCACCUCCCCCUCCUCCUGGCGAAUACGGUGCCCAUGCUGAUUCUCCAGUGGUCAUGGUGUAUGGCUUGGAACCGGUCAAGAUGAAUGCAGACCGUGUCUUUAAUAUUUUUUGUCUCUAUGGCAACGUUGAGCGGGUGAAGUUCAUGAAGAGCAAACCUGGAGCAGCCAUGGUAGAAAUGGGAGACUGCUAUGCAGUGGAUCGGGCCAUCACUCACCUCAACAACAACUUUCUCUUUGGGCAGAAACUUAAUGUGUGUGUGUCCAAGCAGCAGGCCAUUGUUCCUGGUCAGUGCUAUGAGCUUGAGGAUGGUACAAGCAGUUUUAAGGAUUUCCACGGGUCCAGGAACAACCGGUUCACUUCACCUGAACAGGCAGCCAAAAACCGCAUUCAACACCCGAGCAACGUGUUGCACUUCUUCAACGCCCAGCCAGAUGUCACUCCAGAGGUUUUCUCUCAGAUUUGCGAUGAAAUUGGUGUGAAGUGCCCUGUCAAUGUAAAAAUGUUCACAGGAAAGAGUGGCGCUGCUCCCAGUGACCGCAGUGCUUCAGGUCUGCUGGAGUGGGAGUCCAUCAAUGAUGCCAUGGAGGCUUUGGCCAUGAUGAACCACUAUCAGAUGAAAAACGCAACUGGUCCGUACCCCUACACCCUCAAACUCUGUUUUUCCACUGUUCAGCACGCCAACUGAGCCCAUCCACGUAGCUGCUCGCUCUGCCCUUCCCAUGUUCAUGUACUUGAAUCAUGAUUGGGAUAAACAGGUUUUUAAAGAAAAUGCCUCAGAUGCUACCAUCACAAUUUGAUUCUUCAAGUCCAAACUCCCAUUGUUUGUCUGUUAAGCAGAUUUAAAAAGAAAAUGCUUUUGAUAUUUAUCCUACAGAUGUGGUUUCUAGAGUGUCAGUACCUUUUGUGUCUUUGAUAUUAAGUUGUCCUUUUUACUUUUCUAUUAUGAUAUAACAGUAAGCUGUCAGAAAGCAUAUUUGAGAGACUUGGUUUUAUGCUCGGGUGGUUCAGUGGCAGUUAAAACAUGGUUUUGUAAAAGAAUUGGGUUUUGAAACUUUUAUUAUAGCUCAGUUGUUUUUGUUUUGGAUCCCCCCCACCCCCACCUUUUUUUUUUUUUUAAAUUGCUGCCUAUUCAGUUUUUUUUUUUCUCCAGGUCUGAAAUGGAAAAUGGAGACUUGUUUUGUUCUAAGAAAAUUAAAAGUAGGUUUCAACUUGAA